AUGCGAUCCUCCCUCCUUCUGCCCCAUUGCGGGCCCCUGCUUUACUCAGUCAGUUUGCUACUGCAUGAGAGCAUGCCACUCCCCUCCAACCUUCACGGAAUCGCUCCCGAGCCAGACCCCGAGCAAGACCUCUCCGACGCCCUCUCCUGGCAGCAAGUUCUCUUCCCAGCCGGAAGGCCCAUGACUUCUUCUUCAAGCUACAGUACAGCCACCCUCUCCGAUGCUGACGAGAGUGAGAUCAAAGCCAGCGCAGCAGCUCAGCGCAGUCUAGACGAAACAAUGCACAUCAGAACAGCAGGAGAAGGAAGCGUUUCCUGCGUGUGCUUCGGCGAUGAGAGGAGGUACGAGGGAGGGGAAGAGAUAGCGAUUGGGACAUUCAAGAAGUGGAUCUCGCUUCCGAGGCAGGUGGUGCUGGAGGCCAGACGACUGAGCCUUGCAAUCAGAGACAAGGGAAAAGCAGGGAUGCUUCUUAGAUCGCUGGAAGACGCAGUUCGAAAACGAAUGCAGAAAUAA